AAGUCACCGCCUCCGAUCCCUCAUAUAUCAAAUAAUAUUAUCCCGUUAUCAAAUAUAUUAAAGUUCUAUACUCAAGAAGCUUAUAAACAAUUACUAACUAUAAUUGAAAAUCUAUCAAGCACUGUUGAAUCGGAAUCGGAUUCUAAUCGUAAGAAGAAAUUUUUGACUGCCAUUAUUUCGUUGAGACAGGAUUUUAUCAAAAUUUAUACUUUAGUGAAAUGGGCACAAAAUUCAAAAGAUGUUUCUAAAUUAAUCGAUUUGUUAAAUUUCUUAAGAAGUCAAGAUUUCUAUUUUGAACAAUUAGGAUUUGGAUUAAAUGAAUUAAAUAGAUACCUGGGUGCUCAACUACCAAAUAGUGAUUUGUUGUCAAGUUUAGAAAUUUUAAUUAAAGGUAGACCUCAAUUACCUUCUUAUAACCUUAUAAAACCUUUGAAGAUUUCGACUGAGAAAACGUUGGAAGUCUUACAGGAUCUAAAUUUGAUUUUAACUACUAGAAUGGCUUUAAUUGAUGACUUGCCUAAAAGAUUCAUGAAUAACUAUACCAUUAAAGAUGGUAGAGUUAUCUUCACUAUCCCAAAUGAGUUUGAAGUUGCUAUAACUGUAGCUAAUGAUUUAAUAAUCGAUAAAAUAGAAGACUAUUAUCAAUCUCCAUUUUUUUUCAUAUCUUUUAAAUUUUUAUUUGGUAUAAAUCCGGAUACUUCACUAAUAACUCAUAAGGAUAAUAAAAUAGCUACCAAGUUACCCCAAAAAUCUCACGAAAAUUUGGAAAGAAUUAUAAAUCAAGUUCUAUUAAAACAAGGUUUAAAUGGUUUAUACGAUACUUUGCAUAAAUACUCAAUUUCAUUCAAGUUAUAUUUAAUUGCAAGACAAUUGAAGGAAUUAUCAACAAAUAGCAAAUGGAAAAAUUCCAUUCAAUUCAAAUAUCAAUCUUCUUUAAUCAUCAUUAAUUAUUGGUCAUCUCAUUACCUUUCGAGAAAUUGGAAAUCAUUUAUAGAAUUGGGAAUUGACAAAAACUAUAAUUUAAAUUUUAGAUGGUUCAAAAAUGGUAGAUAUAGCACAGCCCAUCUUAACAAAGAUUCUGAAAAGGAUAGUACUGGUAUUCUCUCUGAAAGUAUACCGGGGUUUAACUCUAAUGAUGAUGAGGAAGAUUUAAGUGUUGAUUUGAUUUUAAACAUCAUCAUUAAUAAACAUUCGGAAUCUUCGAUUUCAAAUAUUUAUUCAAAAUUGUUAGAACUAUUACCUGAAGAUUCAUGUUCAAUACUAUCACCUCAUCAACUUCUACUUAAUUUAACUCCAACCAAAAAAACCAUUUUUGCCAUAAAUCCAUUAACUGGAUUCUUCUAUUUCAUGGACCCUUCUCCAAUUCAAAAUUAUAUCACUAAGAGAAUUAAUAGUCAACCUUCAAUAAUAAAAAAUAAAAAUUUCAUAACUGAAGAUGAUAUGAUGAAUAACGUUGUGUCAAAUUUAAUUCAAUUAAAAUUAGAAACUUUAAAUAAAGAAAUCAAUAAUAAAUUAAUAACAACCGAAUGGAUAUCAAACAACAUAAUUCAUUUGAACGAUUUGGAAACAUUAAAGUUAUUUGAGUUUGAUAUAAAUGAAAAAGAACAAUCAAAUAAUAAAAUUCAGUUUUAUCGUUGUAAAAACUGGCCUUCUAGCUGGUUUUUAAUUAAUCUUAUCGCAGGAUUAACUUCAAAAACAUAUUGGUGGGUUGCCAGAAUUAAAUCGAUCAAAGGUGAAUGGAAAAUUCAAUGGGUCGAAAAAUUGAAGGUAAAUGAUGAUUUAAGUUAUGAAUUUUUCGACGAUUUAUCCAUUACUUGUUCUAAUAAGAUAAUCGAUCAUAUGAUUACUGAAGAGUUACAAAUAAGAAGUUCGAGAUUCUUGAAAGUCGAAAAAAAUGCUAUAGAUGUUUUUAAAUUACCAUUGGACAAGAAUAUUGAUACAAACACCAUCUACGAAUCAAUAAUAAUGAUUCAUAAUCAUGGUGAAUUCUUACCUCUUAGCAAUUCAUCAAAUAGUUUGUUUUUGCUAGUAAAAUUAACCAAUACCAAUAAUGUCACUCAAAUGAAUUUAAGACUUAUGGGACAUAUCAAAAAUUUACCACUAAACGAUAAUAGUAACGAUGACUUUUCUAAAUUGAGUUUACUGUUUAAAAAAGAUAUGUUUGAAAUUGUUGACUUAAUCGAUUUGACCUCAAGAAUGAACGAUUCCGAACACGAUAACAGCAACAACAAGUUGUUAUUAGACAAUUUGUUUAACAAUUUAAACAAAUUAAAUCAAUUAAUAAAAUUGCUUGAACAGUUAAACAAAACUAAUAUUGAGAUCAUUCAAAAUCAAAUCAAUGAAAUUUCUAUAAAAAUAAAUCCAAUUUACUCGACAUUCAAGUUGGUCUUACCUGAACAAGAAAACGGAUCAAUCACAAUAUUAACAGACAAAGAUGAGUUGAAUGAAGUUAAGAUAAUGGUUAAGUUUUUGAAUCAAAAUUCAAUAGAAAAGAAAAAUACAAUGAUUGGAUCUAUUAAAUAUUUGCAAGAGCUUGUCCCAAUCCUUAAAGCUUUGCGUGCGAUCCAAACCCAUUUAAUCAUAAACAACUCAAUGAAAUUGUCGAAUGGACUUCAAAAAUUACAGUUUGAUACCAGACUAGAAAAUCUAAACACAAUCCAAUUUGUUUACACGAUAAAUUCCAUCAAUCCAAGUAACCCCAAAAAGGUUGCCAAAGACCGAAUAUCAUUAUGUUUGAAUUUUAAAAUGAAUAAGUUUGCAAAAAAAGAAAAAUUAUUAAUCAGAUUAUCGAUGAAGGAUAAUUUGAACUCAAGAAAUUUGAAGUUCAAAAAACUAUUCGAGUCUAUUUUCAAAUCGAUUAAUGAGUUUGAUGCAAGCUUGUCAUCUGUCAAUAACACAAAUGGAUCGACAAAUGGGUCAGCGAAUGGGAAAACAUCUACAACUACUUUGAUGAAAUUCAAUUAUGAUUAUCUAUUAGAUUCAAUUUUACUUGAAGAUAUGAUGAUGAGAAUUGCAGACUGUUUUUUGAAUUAU